AUGGCGGGGCUCAAAGGAACCUUGGCAAAGUACAAUGUGGCCAACAAACUGUACAAACAAUCGCUACUCCAAAGUGUGUGCUUGGUCUCGGGAAUAUCCAUGUUCUUCUUUGGUUACGACCAAGGACUGAUGGGCGGUAUCAACGCGGCACGAAACUAUGCCGAGCUGAUGGGUUUUGGCCAUUGGGAUGAGGCGCAGCAAAUGGUAGUCGUUGACAAGCCUUUGCUUCAGGGGGGCCUCGUUGCGGUGUAUUAUUUGCCCGGAACCUUGAUGGGCUGUCUGCUUGGCGGUUGGCUUGGUGACAAAUAUGGCCGCAUCACCACUAUCGGGCUGGCGUGUGUGUGGUGUGUGUUUGCAGCCGCCUUGCAAUCCGCGGCCCAGAAUCUAAGCUGGAUGUUUUGUGCUCGAGUGUUGAACGGCCUUGGAACGGGUGCUUUAACUGCCGUCACCCCAGUUUGGGCCACGGAAACAGCUGCUCACACGUCCCGUGGCCAGUUUAUCGCCGUGGAAUUCACUCUCAACAUUUUCGGUGUUGUUGUCGCGUACUGGCUCGAAUUUGGCACCUCCAAGUACAAGGACCUCAACUCAUCGUUCAUCUGGAGGUUUCCCAUCGCCUUCCAAAUUCUGCCUCUUGUCGCUCUAUUCAUUCUUAUCUGGCUCAUGCCCGAAUCGCCACGUUGGCUCGUCAAGGUGGGCCGCGAGGAUGAAGCUCGAUACCUUCUCCAGCGUCUCAGAGGCCGCGAGGGCGAAGAAGGCGAACAAGCUGAAGCAGAGCUGCAAGAAAUCAUCAGCAGCUGCAACCUGGAAGACAAGACUGGCAAUCAGCAGAGCUACCUACGUAUGUUUUUCGGUAUUGGAUCGGGAAAGUUGCACACGGGUCGUCGAGUUCAGCUCGUCAUUUGGCUCCAAAUCUUGCAAGAGUGGAUCGGUAUCGCAGGCAUCGUCAUUUACGGCCCCCAGCUCUUCGCAAUCGCAGGAAUAAGUGCCCCGGAUAGACUCUGGGUCAGCGGAGUCAACAACAUCACAUACAUGUUUGCCACCUUGAUCUGCGUCUUCACCGUGGACAGAAUCGGCCGCCGAUGGACCUUGUACUGGGGCUCGGUUGGACAAGGCAUCUGCAUGUUUGCAGCUGGCGGUCUCGCACGGGCAACGAUGAAUGCCAGUGAUGGUGCGAACCGAGCACAAAUCGGCGGCUUGGCCACCUUCUUCGUCUUCCUCUUCACGGCCAUUUUUGGGGCGACAUGGCUGACAGUCCCGUGGCUGUAUCCCGCCGAGAUCUUUCCUCUGCAUGUCCGUGCCAAGGGAAAUGCCUGGGGCGUCGUCGGCUGGUCCAUCGGAAAUGGCUGGUGUGUUCUUCUUCUUCCCACAAUUUUCAAACGCCUCAACGAAAAAGCCCUCUACAUAUUUGGCGGGGUCAACAUCCUGACAAUAUUGAUCGUUUGGGCCUUGUACCCCGAGUCGAACCAGCGCACGCUCGAGGAAAUGAACCUUGUCUUUGCCAGCGAGAGCAUCUGGACGUGGGAGGCCGAAAAGAAUUUUGCUCGGCUCAGAGAGGAGAAUGCCCAGCUCGGGCGAUGCGCCAAUACUGGCCGCGGCACUGUUGACUCUGACAAGAGAGUUGCUGCGGUCCAGAAAGACUUGGUCUUGUGCUGA